ACCCGCUUUCGUCUCCAACUCGCCCCGGCCAAAUCGCCUCCAUCUCCAACGUUCAACUUCCAAAGCAUCGCAGACAAUCUGGGUCAUCGCCCGUACGUCCCUGAUCUCUGUUGUCGCUCUGAACCCCCAAUUAAAACUAAAACAAAACAACGUAUGCGACUGCGUCUGGCCUCUGCGACCGUCGAUCUCUGUAUCUCGUAAGGCUGUGGCAGAUGGAAUCGUCCAGAUAGACCGCCACCAUGCCACCCGCGAACUCACCUUCACAGGAAACACCGGCCCUCUCAUCGUCUGCCGCCAGUCCAUAUCUUCAGCAACUCGAGGCAAUCUCCAGUCCUGUGCCAAAUUUCGCCGCCACUCUGAUCGCUCAUCCUGAGACGCACGAUGCCAAUGACGAAAACGUGAGCUUCCUGCGGACUCGAUUGCGAUCAUCCCCGGAACCGCCGCUCAGUCGACAGCGUCGCAGGAGACAGCAGUAUUCGACCGACGAUCAACAAGACCAGAUGGAAACGGAUGACCAGCGGCCGCUACGAAUGACUGUCGAGAUCAAUCGACGGAUUCCUAUUGUUCGCCGGCAGCGAGAGGAGGCAAACACAACCCCUAACUACGAAAACCGGGUGUCGGGCAUGCGAUCAUUAUACGGUUGGGCGCCGGGGUCUGAUGACGACGGGGAGGAGGAAAGAGACGAUCCUUCCCACGAAAGCUCGGCCAUGUCCUUCGGAAGAGGAGAGCGCGAUCCGACACGGAGUAGUAGCAGUCUGAGAAAUGGCCGACGGGAAGCUAUCGUGAGGAUUCCACCGACAUUCGCGGGGGAGCCAUCAGAAGGGGGUGGUCUUCGAUUUGGAGAGUCCUCCAUCACGGCAGAGGCAUUAUUGCAGUCCGUCAGACGUCAGCCAAGGUUCUCGAGGACGAGGAUGCUGCAGAACUACAUAUUGGACCGGGAACGGCAGGAGCAGGAGGAAAGGGAACGGGCAUCCGCUUCGUCCACUUCGAGAGCAUAUCGAUUCAUUCCCAGCACACGAAAUGACUCCUAUAGAAACCUGUCCCAUUCGGAUAUCCGAGCCCGGAUCAACGCGCACAGACAGAUGUACAUGGAAAACCCACCCAGUUCGCGGCUAAAGGAGACAAUCAAGUACCUGGAGCGAGUGAGAUUCUCGAAUUCAUAUGAAGAGAGCAUCUCAUCGGCCGCGGAAGGGGGGUUCAUACAGUUUGAUUAUUUUACAUGCAACGAGGAUGAUUUCAUUCUCGAUACUACAUCAAUCGCACCGCCGGCGCAGUGCUCUUGGCUCCAGCCAGGAGCCGUAUUCUCCGGGUCCCAACGUGCGGCCAAUAGCUGUGGCGCUCAAAUGCUAUCACAUCGCGUCCCGAGCCCGCAUCAGAACGACCCAGUGAUCGUGAAUGGUAGUGAUACCAACCGUAUCAGCGUGUAUACGAGUAGCGGUCGUCGCUAUUGGGCCAACAAUCUCUACAGCCUCACGAAUAGCAAGGAUGAGCAUUGGCCGGUGAAGGUGACAAUUCAUAGUAUCGACUACAAUACGAUGACGCUAUCGGGAACGAUGGAGGCUUAUAAUAUCCCCGAUAAGACUUCUCCUACACAGGACGCCCAUAUCGUGACCUUCCUCGAAGGGGAGAUCAUUGAUUUCAACAAGCAUACUCUGGAAACGAAGAGCUUCAAAGCAGAUGCCGAAAUCGACAGUACCUACUGGAGAGAGUUGCAACCGUUCAAGAACCUCACGGAUGAUGAGAUGAUCAGGAACCUUGUGAGCAAGAAAUGGCUUACGGAGGAACUAGCGAAGGGGUGGAUCCUGAUGCGAUGGAAAGAACGGUGUUUCGUCACACCUACCGAUUCCCGACAAGGGCUCACGAUAUCCGGGUUCUACUACAUCUCUCUCCGCCGAGACAACGGCCAAAUCGAAGGCUUAUACUACGAUCCAGGCAGUUCUCCUUACCAACAGCUGUCUCUGAAACCAGAGAUGGAGAAGAUGAUGUUCCCUGCAUAUGGCUUCCGAUGAUCUCGACCUAGUUGCAUCUCUACGCAUCGAACGAGUACACAUCUCUUAGAGGAGCAUUUGCUCUUGUUUUGUUUGUCAUCUUUCACUGCUGGGCCGUCUGUCUAUCGAAUAUUGGACUUUCUUGGCAUCCAUGGUUGUUUGAGCGUUAUUGGAGGGGACUCCCCAAUGUGGUCUCUUUUUAGCAUUGGUCGGUGUUUCUCGCUCGUCGUUGCACUCUCGAGCGGUUUGUUGUUUUCAUUAUUCAUACUGCCUCAUCAUGCUCGACCUUCCCAAGAUGUCUGUCACAUCAUCUGGAGCGCUUUUAGUCUGUCUGCCAUACAGUUGGCAUUCCACGGGCCGGCGAGGCUUCGAGCAGCUAGCCAUAUCCAUGUGUAGAUAAAGUAAUUGGAACGAUGGAUAUAUUCCUUCAUACGGUUUCUUUUCCGAUCUUACACAUGAAUACAAACUUUGCGGAAGCUAUGAGAAGUAAUACGAUUAUGAUGGA